AUGUCGGAUGAACCAAAGAUAAAACAGGAGGAGAAUGAGUUAACUUUUGAUGAAGAGUUUAGGAGAGCCGAUGAUACUGUGCAGACUUCCCACAAGAGACCAAGAGAAGAAGAUGAUGAAGAGAAGGAGGAGGAGGAGGAGGAGGAGGAGGCUGUAGAAAAUGGCAGCAACGAAGACGACGAAGACGACGAAGAUGAAGAUGAAGACGAAGACGAAGAAAGUGUACCCAAUAGAAGGAGAAAGAAAAAGAGAGGUGCAAAUCAAUUUUUCGAUAUCGAAGCUGAGGUUGAUGAGGAAGAAGAAGAUGAGGCAGAUGAGGAUGACGAGGAGGCGGAAAUGUUGAGACAAGAAUUCAUCACUGAUGACCAUGCGGGAGACGACCGAGAUGAAGCUCACCAGGACGACAGGACGCACAGACAAUUUGAUCGUCGUCGUCAAGAGGCAGAAGAUCAAGACGCCGAGCAGUUGGCAGAAACUUUGAAGCAAAGGUAUAGAAAGUCGCAUGUUGCCUAUAGAGGAGAUACUGCUGCCGGAGGAACAGUAUCACAAAAGUUGUUGAUGCCCUCUAUUAACGACCCAUCGAUAUACGCUAUUAGAUGUACUCCCGGAAAAGAGAAAGAAUUGGUUAGGAAGCUUUACGACAAAAAGAGAACGUUGGAGAGACGAAAGAUGCCAUUGGAUAUUUUAACAGUUUUUCAAAGAGAUUCUUUUAGAGGGUACAUAUAUAUUGAAGCAAAAAGAUCGGAUGCAAUAGAUAGAGCAUUGGAGGGAAUGGUGAAUGUAUUUUUAAGGGACAAACUUUUGGUUUCCGUUAAGGAGUAUCCCGAUUUGCUAAAGCAAGUCAAAUCAUCUGAUGUUGAAAUCGUGCCUGGAAUUUAUGUGAGAAUUACUCGAGGUAAGUACAAAGGUGACCUUGCUAUAGUCGAAAAUUUGUCGGAGAACGGUUUAGAUGUUUUGUGCAAGGUUGUACCUAGACUUGAUUACGGGAAAAACGAUGAAUUUACUGAGGAUGGAAAGAGGAUAAAGCUGACCAUUAGACCACCCCCAAGGUUAUUUAGUGGGAAAGAUGCAAAGACAUACGAUCCGGCAAAUGUACAGCAAAGGGGUGAAAAAAGGUUCACCUACAAAGGAGAUGAGUAUGAAGAUGGCUUCCUUUACAAAGAUUUCAAAUUGCAGUAUAUUCAAACCAAAGAUGUUCAUCCCACGCUUGCAGAGCUUGAUUUAUUCCAAACAGGUAAGGAUAGUGACGGUAUCGAUCUUGCUAAGAUAGCUGCAUCUUUGAAGAACAAAAAAUUAAAUGACGGUAAACAAUCUACCGCAUUUCAACCAGGUGACAAAGUUGAAGUUCGUCGUGGUGAACAAGCAAAGACUGUAGGUCUCGUUGUUGAAACUGCAUUAAAUGAAAUUAAAAUAACGGUAACGGAUAGUGGUGACCCCAAGUUUGUGAACCAAAAAUUGACAGUUCCAGCAAAUGAUUUGAGAAAGAUUUUCAAUGAAGGUGAUCAUGUGAGAAUUGUUGAGGGAAAGCAUUUUGAUGAGACAGGGUUAGUCAUCAAAAUUGAUGGUGAUUCAGUUAUAUUAGUCAGUGACCAAACAAAAGAAGAUGUUAGGGUGUUUGCCAAUUUCUUAGUCAAGGCUACUGAUGCAUCUUCAAAUGUAGAUAACAAGAAUUUCAAGUAUGAUAUCAAGGACUUGGUCGAAUUAAGUGCAUCCACAGUAGGGGUCAUUGUGAAGGCCGAAAAGAAUAUUUUUGAAAUACUUACAACUGACGGAAGACUUAUAAAUGUCAAGCCAACGGCGAUCGCUUCAAAGGUUACCCAAACACGUCGUGAGCAAAUUGCUACCGACAAGAAUGGAUUUACAAUUAGGAUAGGAGAUACCGUGAAGGAGUCUGUUGGGGACAAGGGUAGGGAAGGUGCAAUAUUGCAUAUAUACAAAAAUGCAUUAUUUAUAAAAUCCAACGAAAUCAUUGAAAAUUUAGGUAUUUUUGUCACGAAUCGGAUGAAUGUUAGCACUGUUGCAACUAAAGAUUCGAUGGUGUCCAAGAGCUUUGGCCCUGAUUUGACAAGCAUGAACCCCAACUUGAAACUUCCCGACCAGCUCGCCCUACAGGGGUUGAAAACCAGGGUACAAGGAAGAGACAAGUUGUUGUAUAAGGAUGUUGCCAUUACCAAUGGCAGUUACAAAGGAUUGAAGGGGAAAGUUGUUGAAGCAGAUGAUAUAUAUGCCCGGGUUGAGUUGCAUACAAAGAGCAAAAAGGUCAAAGUGCUCAAAAAAAGUUUGAAUGUUUUGAUAAAAGGAGAAGCUAUUCCUUAUUUGCGAUUUAUUGGUGCUGCUCCAGAGGAGGUUACGCCCUAUUCUCGACCUAUGAACAAUCCUUCGUUUGGCACUGCGGGGGAUAAAUCAGUAUGGAGCGGAGGUGCCACUCCAGCAGUUGGUGCUGGUGGAGGCGCUGGAGGCGCUUCGACUUGGAAUAGAGGUGGUGGUGCCUCUGUUUGGAACAGUGGUGGAAGGACGGGAGGUGCAUCGUCUUGGGGCGGUGCCUCUUCCUGGAACAAUACUGGUGGAGCUUCCGCCUGGAACACCAGUAGUGGUGGCGGUGGUGGUGGUAAUGCUUCCGCUUGGGGUGGUUCCAAAGGAGGUGCUUCGACAUGGGGUGGUUCUGGAAACAAAGGAGGCAAUUCCGCGUGGGGGGGUUCCAAAAAUAACAGCAACACUGGCGCUGGAUCAGCAUGGGGUGGAGGCUCUACUUGGGGGAAGAGAGGCGGUAAUAGUAGUUGGGGAAAUCGAUGA